AUGACAGAACCCUCCACCACCGCCGCCGCCACAAACAUCCUUUCCACCACCACCUCUCUUCAUUCUUCCACCACUACAUCCUCUUUUAACACCCUCCAACACCACCUCUCGGCCCCAAACUUCCGCCAAGCCGACGAAGAGACACGUCGUCUGCUCAUACUCCUAGCCAGCGAAGAGAAACGCGGCUACGUCUGCUUCUCCGAAGUACAAUUCAUACCGGAAACUGAUCUCAAAGUAAUCGAUCAAGCAUGGAGAAAACACAGCAACAACAAGUUCGGGUACAGCGUGCAGAAGAACAUCUGGAAGAAAGUUGACAAGGACUUCACCAAGUUGUUCUUAAAACUGGGGUGGAUGAAAAAGCUCGACACAGAGAUCGAACAAUACAACUACAGGGCUUUCCCCAACGAGUUCAUAUGGGAACUCGAUGACCAAACACCGGAAGGUCAUCUGCCAUUGACGAACGCUUUGAGAGGAACUGAGUUGUUUAACUGUAUUCUUAGACAUCCAGCUUUUGAGGGUCAACAGGAACAAGAGACUGGAACUGGUGAAAAUGGAGGUGUUAGAGAUGGAACAAAGACAUUCGGCGACAAGUUUUUCAAGCCAAAUUAUUGCUUGUAA